AUGAAUCGAGGGUUGAUACUAAAGUUUGAAAAUCUGGUCCAGUUACGUGGUGCUUGCCGGCAGCUGCGUACUCUCUCCUACAGAAAAGUUUACAGAGCACAAUGGAAGCCUGUGCAGUCAUCUGCACAUCCCGUGUGGUCCGUUCUUCUGUAUCCGCAGCUCUGGCAAAAAGACAAAUUAAUCAGUAUUGCCUUAUCACAACACAGACAUCUAGCUACAAAGGAGGAGACAAAAAAGAAGAAAAAGAAGAUACCACUGACAAAAGGUGAAGUGGAGAUAAGGCAGAAGAUGACUAUUGAGGAGCUUGCACGAGCUAUGGGUAAAGACAUAGGUCAUAUUUAUGAAGCGCUGCUAUACACAGACAUUGACCUUGAUUCACUAGAACCAGAUUCCAUCUUAUAUGAAGACCAUAUCAAGCUAAUUGUUAAAAAAUCAGGAAUGAAGUAUAAAUCGGCAAAACUGAAAGAGGAAAAAGAAAGAGAAAACACAGAUGCUGUGAAAAGGCCUCCUGCAGACCCAGCAGUACUAACCCCACGGCCUCCGGUUGUUACUAUCUUGGGCCACGUCGAUCAUGGGAAAACAACCUUACUUGACAGUCUACGAAAAAGUCAAGUGGCAUCUAUGGAAGCAGGAGGCAUUACGCAACACAUUGGUGCUUUUCUUGUGCAUUUGCCUUCUGGGGAAAAGAUAACUUUUCUUGAUACUCCUGGACAUGCAGCUUUUUCAGCCAUGCGAGCAAGAGGUACCCACGUUACUGACAUCGUCAUACUGGUUGUAGCGGCAGAAGACGGAGUAAUGCAACAAACCGUAGAAUCCAUUCAACAUGCUAAAAAUGCAGGAGUUCCUCUUAUCCUUGCCAUUAAUAAAUGUGACAAACCUGAAGCUGAUCCUGAAAGAGUAAAGAAGGAAUUGCUGGCUCACGAUGUGGUCUGUGAAGACUUUGGAGGGGAUGUUCAAGCUGUAAAUAUUUCUGCACUCAAGGGGGAAAACCUGAUGGUUUUAGCAGAAGCAACUGUUGCUUUAGCGGAGAUGUUAGAACUGAAGGCAGAUUCCACAGGUCUGGUAGAAGGGACUGUAAUUGAGUCUCGCAAAGACAAAGGGAAAGGUCCAGUUACCACAGCCAUCAUCCAAAGAGGAACUCUGAGAAAAGGCUGUGUUCUGGUUGCUGGGAAGACUUGGGCAAAAGUGCGUUUCAUGUUUGAUGAGAAUGGCAAAGCUGUAGAUGCAGCCUCUCCAGGCAUCCCAGUGGAAAUCAUGGGCUGGAAGGAAGUCCCUUCGGCAGGAGAUGAAAUCCUUGAAGUGGAAUCUGAGCAAAGGGCGCAUGAAGUUGUGGCUUGGAGAACCUACGUUGAACAACAGGAGAAGAUGAAAAGGGAUGCGGAAGUUAUUGAAGCAAAGCAAAAGGAACACAGGAUGGAAUAUGAGGAGAAGCAACAGAAGCUAGCCCAUCUGAGCUGGAGACAGAGGAAGGCAGUGCUGUACAAGGCCAAUAAGCAUGUAAUCAUUUCGAAGCCUAAGGAGAGAACAGAGAUGGACAAAAAUGUGCUAUCAGUAAUUCUCAAAGGUGCUGUCCUAUUCCGUUUGCUGCUCCAUUGU